AUGGGUAAUGACGACACCAAUGAUAAGAGUGGUAACAGUAGUAAUGCUUCUUCCUCCAAUUUCCACCCAGCUUUUGGUGUCAACAAUAUCAAGAACUCAAUACCUCUUAUUCUUGAUCGAGAGAAGGUCCAAUAUUCAAAUUGGGCUGAAUUAUUAGAGUGUCAUGCUCAUGCGUUUAAUGUUCUUGAUCACAUCGACCCUAAAACACCUAAGCCGUCGGAUAUAUCGGAGGACAUGUGGACAAGACUUGAUUCGGUCGUCAAAAACUGGAUCUAUGACAUCUCUUCGUAUUGUCGUGAGUUGAAGAACUUAAAGGAUCAACUAGCUAAUGUUGAUCAACCACUCUCGGAGCAAAACUUAGUAAUUCGCUUAACCUCGGGUCUCGUGAAUACUGAUUUUGAUACAGUUGCAGCCAUGAUUCAACAAACAGAGCCGCUGCCUUUGUUUGAAACUUCCCGAUCACGCCUCUUGCUUGAAGAAACACGACGUGCCAAUGAUAACACCGACUCACCGUCCUCCUUUGUGGCUCAAUCGACUAAUGGACCAUUUUCACCGUCCACCACCGCACCACCCCAGCAGUCUCAGGCACAACAAGUUGGCCGUGGUGGGUUGCUUAGUGGCCGAGGACGCGGCAGAGGGCAUGGCCGCGGCAAAGGCCGGGGCCGUGGUCAAGCAUAA